AUGGAAAACAACAACAAAAGAUCCCCAUUACGAGUGGCCAUUGUUGGCAUUGGUCACCGUGGCUACAAUACCCAUUUUCUUUCUGCAUUUGAGAACCCGAGAUCAUGGACAGUUGCAGCCGUCUGCGAUGUCGAUGACAAAAGUCGGAACCGCUUCAUGAGCAAGCAUCCCGACAUCCCUGUAUACACGACUCUGAAUGACUUGCUAAGCAACCACGGCAAGCAACUGGACUUCGCCAUCGUGUGCGUUCCGCAUGCGUUCCACCUAGAAUGCUGUGAGGCUCUGUCUCGAGCUGGCGUGCCGAUCCUCAAGGAGAAGCCGGUAGCAGAGUCGUUAGAAGAAUACCAACAGCUUCUCAGGUUGCCAGUUAAGAUUGGUGUUACUUUUCAAAAGCGGUUCGAGCCACGUUACUUAGCCGUAAGGGAUCUUCUCCCACAAGUUGGUCAAGUGGUAUCGUUUAGGGGCACCCUAACUGCGAGCAUCGCGGCCCUGGAUGCUACCUGGCGGGCGAGAAAUGAUGUCGGAGUCACUGAAGACCUUGGUUGCCACAUGCUCGACAUGAUCGUAUCUCUCUUCGGCAAGCCGACUUCAGUCUCGGCACAGAAUGCCCGCGGUGUUAGAGUCGAUCAAACGUAUGGUGGUGAUGACAUAUCCAACAUCAUUAUGAACUUUGGAGAAGCUGCGAAGCGUAACAUUGGCCAUGUGCAUCUCUCGCGCGUAGCUCACCGUGGAGAGGAGUCCCUAGUCAUUACGGGAACAAAUGGCACGUUUGUCCUGGAAGGAAAAGAAGUAAUCCUGCGGGAUAGCGCCGGCAAUGAGACAUUUAGUUUCAGUGAUUCCUCAUCGAAGCAGUUUGUCGUCAUGUCCAUGUUACGACAGUUCUCAGCUUGGGUAACUGGAGCGGAACCGGAUUUCUCUGCUUCAUUGGCAAAUUUGAAGGAGACCGUUGAUGUGAUGGAGGCCAUCCGGCGUUCUUACCGUAACCCGCAUACAAGUGAGAGUCUCGUAUCGGGCGGCAAACCUAUCAAGGCUGCUUUGGAAGCGUCUCUUGAUGGCGAACACCAUGUGUGGCCGUUACUUGGGCCAGAAUCCGAGGAGGCUGUCGUUCGCCAAAUGCAUUCUUCAUUGUCCAUCUACAACCGUUCAGACGUUUACGAGGUCUUCGAGGAUAGGUGGCGAAAGAUGCAUGGAUUGAAGCAUGCCCUUGUGUGCAGCUCAGGUACCAUCGCCAUUCUCCACAUGUUCGACGCUCUCGAUUUACGGCCUGGUGACGAGGUUUUGUGUCCCGUCUACACCUUUUUUGCCACUGCAUCUCCUAUGCUGCAGUACGGUGCUGUCCCCAUCUUCUGUGAUUCUCUGGAGGAUGGCAACUUGGACCCUGCCGAGAUCUUGAAGAGAACAACCCCCAAGACCAAGGCCGUCAUCGUCACGCACAUGUGGGGCUUGCCCUGCAGAAUGGAGGAAAUUGUCCGCAAUGCUCAAACGGCCGGCAUCAAGGUGCUUGAAGACUGCUCCCAUGCACACGGAGCUGUCGUCGACGGUAAAUUGGUAGGAUCUUGGGGUGACAUGGCGGCCUGGUCUCUCCAGGCAAAGAAGAACAUCAUGGGAGGACAGGCUGGCGUGAUGGCCACCAACUCGACUGAUUACUACUCUCGGUCUAUUCUUCACGGGCAUUUCAACAAGAGAGCCAAACAGGAGGUUCCCGAAGAUCACCCUAUGAGGAAGUUUUGGUUGACUGGCUUUGGCCUCAACUUGCGGGCUCAUCCCUUGGCCAUCGCUCUUGCAAACCAACAACUUGACCUUUUACCAUCCCAGGACCAAUACAGGCAAAAGUAUGCCGCUUAUGUGGACAACAAGCUGAGCGCCAUUCCCUUCCUUAAGAUGCCCUCUGUACGAAACAAACGCCGAGACAAACAUGCUUGGUACGCAUUUGUGAUGCAAUUUGAUUCCUCCAAAGCACCAAAAGGCCUCACACGAGAUGAUUUUGUGCGUCGACUGGAAGACCGUGGGCUCAAGGAAGUAGAUAUCCCACGGUCGACCGGGCUGCUCAACGAUUUGCCGCUCUUCACGCAUUCUCAUGAGGCGAUACCAAGAUUUGGCACUGAGCCUUGGUGCGAGGCUCAGGCGACAGCUGAGUUUCCCAUGGCACAGGACUUUUACCUUAAUGCCAUUAAACUACCCAUGUGGGCGACAAAGGGCGACAGGCCCAUCGUGGAGCACUACGUGGAGGAGUUUCUGCUGGUGGCUCACGAGGCUAUGGGUGGAUCGCUCACAGAAACAACCAAGUCAACCCGUAAGAAUGCCACCGACAUCAUCCAAGCCAGGCUGUGA